AGCCGCUCUUGGCUCAGGAGGCAGAGGCUGUUUGCCUUUGCUUCGAUCUCGGCUGCUGGUGCACGUGUGCUGCCCAGCCGGAGCCAUGUUCAAGAACACGUACCAGUCUGGCUUCUUGUCUGUCCUGUAUUCCAUCUCGGCGCAAGCCGCUGCAGAUCUGGGACAAGAAGGUCCGCAACGGGCACAUCAAGCGCCUCACGGACGCCGACAUCCAGUCGAGCGUGCUCGAGAUCAUGGGCACGAACGUGAGCACCACGUUCAUCGAGUGCCCCGCGGACCCGAAGCAGACGCUGGGGAUCAAGCUGCCGUUCCUGGUGAUGAUCAUCAAGAACCUGAAGAAGUACUUCACCUUCGAGGUCACCGUGCUCGACGACAAGGAGGUCCGGCGCCGCUUCCGCGCGUCGAACUACCAGAGCACCACCCGCGUGAAGCCGUUCAUCUGCACCAUGCCGAUGCGCCUGGACGAGGGCUGGAACCAGAUCCAAUUCAACCUGUCCGACUUCACCCGGCGUGCCUACGGCACGAACUACAUCGAGACCCUCCGGCUGCAGCUGCACGCGAAUUGCCGGAUCCGCAGGAUCUAUUUCUCGGACAGGCUUUACAGCGAGGAGGAGCUGCCCCCGGAGUUCAAGCUCUUCCUGCCCGUGGCCAAGAAGGGCGGGGCCGACGCGGCGGCCGCGGGUGCCACGGCGGCCGCGGGCGCGACGGCGGCCGCGUGAGGGGGCUCUUUGCGCUGGGCCGCCCGCCGGCCGCCUGCUGACAGCGGCCAAGACCGGCGAGGGCAUCGGGGGCAGCGGUUCGGGUGGAGGCCGGCGAGGGCGGCGGGGUUCCCCGGCCAGCUCUCCUUCGCCUCCUCGCCGUGACUCUGGGGGCGUCCAAUCGCGGCGUCCG